AUGUGUGUUGCGUUUUCUCCAGAUGGUAGCCGAAUAGCGUCAGGCGCUAAUGAUAAGACAGUGCGACUCUGGGACCCUCGCACUGGUGAAGCAUCUUCUACGCUACUUGAGGGACAUACAAAGGAUGUCAAUUCUAUUGCUUUUCGGCGUGGUGGAAGACAAAUUGCUUCUGGUUCUGAAGAUAAGACCGUCAUUGUCUGGGACGUAGAAAGUGCUAAGAUGACAUUCAAGCCGCUCAAGGGACACACGGACACUGUUUAUUCAGUUGCCUUCUCUCCUGAUGGUACGCGUAUCGUCUCUGGCUCUUUCGACAGAACUAUUAUUGUCUGGAACGCUGAAAACGGAGACAUGAUUACUCGAUCAGAUCAAGUGCACGAGACUAAAAUCUGGACUGUCACCUUCUCACCGGGUGGCACGCUUAUCGCAUCGUCGUCUGACAACAAUGAUGUCAUCAUCUGGAACGCCGAAAGCGGGAAAUGUAUUUCUGGACCUUUCAAGGCACCUCGAGACAGCACAUAUUCCUACUACGCGCCACUCACCUUCUCUCCUGACGGGAGGUGUAUUGCCUCGCGCAGUUCGAACAAUUAUGUCAUUAUUCGUGACGUGCAGAGUAGCCAGAUCGAGUCUGGACCGCUGAGAGGACACAGACACAUAGUCAUGUCUAUUGUGUUUUCACCUGACGGGGCAUACAUAGUUUCCGGUUCAUACGAUCGCACGAUUAUUGUAUGGGAUGCCAGUGAUGGAAACAUUAUUUCUGAACUAUAUCAAGGACACACUAGUGGUAUUACUUGUAUUGCCUUUUCACCAGGUGGUUCACAUAUCGUUUCCUGUUCAUUUGACACAACAAUACGUAUUUGGGAGGCACCAGGCAAAGAAGCUGUUUCUUCAACGGUUGGAAGACUGCCCGAUAAUGCAGUUGCCUCUCAUUCAUCUUCACAGGACACCAAUGAAGGCUUUGCAAAUUGGACCCUUGCGGACAAUGGAUGGGUAUUAGGACCACAAGGCGAGCUGCUUUUAUGGCUUCCUCCCGAUAUUCGCCCGACUCUCUGGCGGCCACACAACACGGCCGUUUUCAGUUGUGAUUUUUCUACGAAGCUGAAUUUCAAGAACGUUGCAUAUGGUCUACAUUGGCGAGAAUGCUUCAAUCCGGAUGUAUGA